AUUUAUGUCAGAGCAAGAAAAAAUUAACCUUUAAUAGGAAGUUUAGAAGAAAAUUAGACAAGAAAAGUUUAAAAGAAAAAUCAACUUUCUUUAAUAAGUACUUUGCAACAAUUAAACCAUUAAGGCAGCAGCUGAAUUAAGUAAAAUUAACUUUGCGACAGCAAAAGUAGUUCUCAAAAAAUUUCGUAAAUUUGGGUUCCUAAAAAAUUGUGAUAAAGGUAGCGUCUAAUUAUAUAAUAAGAUCAUGAGAAGUAAAUUGAGUUUCUUAGAUAAAUUGCAUGUCUUAGAUCUGAUAUCAAAUAAAAGAAAAUGUAAAAGCGAGAUGAGGAAUUUAAGAAGCUUUGUGAAAAAAUAAAAUCGAUUCAACCUCAAAACUAAAAAAAAGAAUUAUAAAGUACUAAAGACAUUGGAUCUCAAAUUAAGAAUUUUUAAGAAGAACUUCAUUAUCAAAAAAAGAUAUAAUAUGAAUUAGUGACAUCAGUUCUUCUGGAAUAAAUAAAACUAAUGAAGUCUUAAUAGAGAGUUAAUUGA